AUGGGGGACACUUACGUUUUGGCCACUCAGAAACGCAUCCGUCCCGAUGAAACCCACGGUGGCGAUGCCAAGAAGAUCAUGCUGCAUGAAGAGGCGGAUCCUGCUGCGGCGCUAGCCAGCGCGCGGCACGAGUUUGGGGAGCACGGCGGCGUUAACAUGUCGAUCGAGGCGUCUGCAACCUUCACGGUGAUGGAGCCGGAGACUAUGCGCCGCAUGUUCGCCGGCGAGCUGGGUCCCGAUCGAGACUUCUUUGUCUACAGCCGUCACUUCAACCCGACGGUGCUGAACCUGAGCCGCCUUAUGGCCGCGCUAGAGGGUACCGAGGCGGCGUACUGCACCGCAAGUGGGAUGUCGGCGAUCGUGGCUGCGCUGCUGCAGCUGUGCAGCAGCGGGGAACAUGUUGUGGCGUCGAGAACACUGUACGGUGGGACUCACGCGCUGCUGUCGCACUUCCUCCCGCGCACAUGCGGGAUAACGACGAGUUUCGUGGAGGUGACGGAUCUGGACAUGGUGGAUAGUGCGAUGGUGGAGGGGAAGACGAAGGUGCUUUACUUCGAGUCGAUCUGCAACCCUACGCUGACGGUGGCGAACAUACCGGAGCUGUGCCGUUUGGCGCGACGGAAGGGGGUGACAGUGGUGGUGGACAACACGUUUGCCCCCAUGGUGCUUUCGCCAGCGCGUCUCGGUGCUGAUGUUGUGGUUCACAGUAUCUCCAAGUUCAUCAGCGGUGGGGCCGAUAUCAUCGCAGGGGCCGUGUGCGGGCCCGCAAGCCUGGUGAACGCGAUGAUGGACCUGCAACAGGGGGCCUUAAUGCUGUUGGGCCCAACGAUGAACCCAAAGGUGGCAUUCGAACUUUCGGAGAGAAUCCCGCACCUGGGGCUAAGAAUGAAGGAGCACAGUCACCGGUCGUUAGUGUUCGCAAGGAGGCUGAAAAGCCUGGGCCUGAGAGUGAUCUACCCGGGCCUGGAGGAGCACCCGCAGCACGAGUUGCUGAAGUCGAUGCACAACGCGGAGUACGGGUACGGCGGGCUUAUCUGCGUAGAUAUGGAGACGGAGGAGAGGGCGAACCGGUUGAUGAACCACUUGCAGAACUAUGGACAGUUCGGGUUCAUGGCGGUGAGCUUAGGGUACUACGAGACUCUCAUGUCUUGCUCUGGAAGUAGCACCAGCAGCGAGUUGAGCUCCGAGGAGAAGAAGCUCGCCGGAAUUUCACCUGGGCUUGUCCGAAUGUCCAUUGGGUACAUUGGCACCUUGGAGCAGAAGUGGGCCCAGCUCGACAAGGCCCUCUCUAGACUUCAGGAACCUCUCUACAAGAAUUGA